AUGGCGAGAAGAACGCGUUUGCAGGACUCAUCCACAGACCAAGCAAGAUUUAACAUUCUGAACCCGGAGGGAGCGUUCUCCUCUUUCGACCCUCAACCAGGCUCCCUCCAACAACACUGCCGCACAUUCAUUCUACAAGCUGUGGGUUUGAAACGACUAGCGCGCAUCGUAGAUCUUCCAAUUCCAAAGACAAUGAUCAACUAUCUAGCCAAUCAGCUCACUGUGGACGAUUUCUUUGUAAACCGAAAUAACUUGAGCUCAGAGAACAUGUUGAAUUGCGUUUAUCCUGCUAAGUGUCUUCUGGACAUGUCAGAGGUAUUGCUUAAGUGCGUCAUGCCUUGUCUAGUAGAUGAUCAUUUUCAGGCCGCUAUGGAAGCUUGGAAAGAUGUCAACCAUCCAAAUAUCAUGCGUAGUUUUCUGCGCUUUCAUCAAGGUGGUACGGAAAUAAUUGUAUUCGAAUACCCUCCAGUUUCACUGGAGGAUAUUAUCAGGGAGCGGCGAGAACUACGGAGGCAUUUGCCCGAGUACUUGAUAUGGAAAGCGUUUUGCGAAUUGUGCUCCGCUAUGAAGUAUCUGAAUGAGAAAGGCAUUUUCUACAAGACUGCUAAAGCGACGAAGCGUAUUUCCUUCGACGAACAUGGAAACCUCAAAUUAGACAGUGGUUUGCUGUACCAAUCAUCCCCGGAGGAUACGAUGAAUGACCCUGAUGUCAGGGUUGAUGGAGCGGGGUUCUAUUCACCCCCGGAGGUCAUGAAAGGACACGCCUUUGGCCCCGAAAGCCAGGUGUGGCUUCUUGGAUGUUUACUGUACGAGAUCACAGCACUUGAACCCGCCUAUCAAGUUGAAGGGAAUGACAUGUUUACUGCUCUGGCAAACAUUAUGGAGGGCAGACCGCCUCCAGAUAUCAAUGAAAAUUUCUCUGACGAGCUUAAAGCCACGAUUCGUGAUUGCGUCAAAGGUGACCCCGAUCAGCGACCGAGCAUGGAGGAGCUUAUGAACAGGGUUACCAUGGUAAAAGAAAGAAUGAAGCACGAAUAUCAAGGACCUGAAAUUGUCGACCUCUAA